AAUUAACCGCAAAAAAUUACAUACAAUUUUCAACCUUCGUUUAUUAAUUACCAAUAAUUUCGAUUAUUGUUUUUUUAAUUGUUUUUAAAACGUGAAAAUCUCAGGUUUUUUUCUCGCUUAAUGGCCGAGAUAAAAAUUAAUUACCCACGCACGUCACUGGUUUUCUAUAAAACAUCCCAUAAAACCCGCUAAACGGUGAAAAAUUCUCAGUCUUAAAAAUGAAUCCAGAGUGCGCGCACGAUUAUUUGGGUCCGCCGCUGACCGCCACCUGCGGGGGCGGGAAUUUUUUGAUUUUCAUGGGCCUUUUGGACGCGUUCAUUGGACGUCGGAACGAAAUUUCCGACGCUUGCGGACGCGUCGUUCCGAAGACGUCCCCGGACGUCGAGUACGAUUUUGUGGUUGUCGGGGGCGGCAGUGGGGGCGCCACUGCUGCCGGACGGUUGGCAAGGAUUCGGGGGUGGAAGGUUUUGCUGGUGGAGGCGGGAGGAGACGAACCGCCAGGAUCGCAGGUACCAGCCAUGGUAGUCAACUACUGGGGUGACCCCUAUAUGGACUGGAACUACCAAACCGAACCCGAACCAGUGGGGUGCCAAGGGUACCCGGAAAAAAGAUGUACCUGGCCCAGGGGCAAAGUCCUAGGGGGCUGCAGUACCAUCAACGGAAUGAUGUACACCCGCGGUACUCCCAGGGACUACCAACGCUGGGCAAACGCUGGCAACCCUGGCUGGAACUACCAAGACGUACUACCAAUUUUUAAAAGAUUCGAGGACAACACGGAAGUUGGUACUUUGGUUGAAAAAGAGUACCACGGUACCGGGGGGCCUUUGACUACGGAAAGGUUCCGGUACCAACCGCAAAUGGCUUUUGACAUUUUGAAGGCGGCUAAGGAGAUUGGACAAAACGUUUCGGACGAUUUGAAUGGUCGUCAGGUCACCGGGUUUGCGAUUGCCCAAUCAAAUACGAGAAACGGAGUCAGACUGAGCAGCGCCAAGGCCUACCUGAGACCCCAACGCCUGAACCCCAAUUUUCACGUGAUGCUCAACUCAACCGCAACCAAAAUCCUUUUCAACCAAAAACGCGCAAGCGCAAUCCAAUUCGUCUACAAAAAUCGCACCUUUACAGUGCGCGUGCGCAAAGAAGUGAUUUUGGCCGCAGGCGCACUGAACACGCCCCAACUUUUGCUACUUUCGGGCGUCGGCGCACAAGCCGAGCUGCGCAAACACAACAUUGCGCAGACGCACGAGUUACCAGGCGUCGGGCGAAACCUGCAAAACCAUGUAGCGUUUUAUUUGGGCUACGAAUUGGGCAACAUUAAGGCAACCAAUGACCUAAAUUGGGCAACCGCACUCGAUUAUAUUUUAUAUCAAAAUGGCCCAAUGAGCUCAACCGGAUUGUCACAAGUAACUGCACGUGUUAAUUCGCCCUAUGCCGAUAAAUCAGGCCUGGACCCGGAUUUGCAAAUAUUUUUUGGCGGAUACUCGGCAAAUUGCGCAGCCGUUAACGAAACUCAAGACCCGCAUGCGCGUAAGAUGUUCACUUUUUCACCAGUGGUGCUACAACCGAAAAGUAGAGGGCGCGUCGGGUUGAAAACGUCUGAUUCGUUUGCGGCACCGGAAAUGGUUGCCAACUAUUUGACAGAACCAGCAGACGUCAACGUCUUAGUGGCUGGUAUCCGUCUGAUUCAGCGUCUGGCCAAUACGACGGUGAUGAGACGUUACGGUAUGACGGUCGAUAAAGAAGAAUACGGCGAUUGCGCCAAGGUUUACGGGUACGACACUGACGACUUUUGGGCGUGCGCAGUAAAGUACUACACGGGCCCCGAGAACCACCAGGCCUGUUCGUGCAAAAUGGGCCCGAAAUCCGACCCCGAAGCCGUAGUUGAUAAUAAACUGUCAAUCCACGGACUGUCAAAUGUCAGAAUAAUGGACGCGUCCGCCAUGCCUGUUCUGGUUUCCGGAAAUACGCACGCCACCAUUGUAAUGAUGGCCGAACGCGGAGUGGAUUUUAUCGAAGAAAAAUGGCUGAAAUCGACCAAUCAGAAGCCAAGGCCCCAUCCCUACUACUAUGACCACCCGGAGUCAGGUGAACAUUAUUAAGACAAUAAUUUUCUAGAAAUUAUUUAUUCGAAAAAUAAAUAAAUAAAUUUUAUUCCCGGGUGGUUUUAUUUAUUUAUCGGUUUUGAAGACAUCAGGUUGCCGGGGAACCCGGCCAGGGCGCGGAAAACGUGCAUUACGGCGCAGUUCCAGGUCGAUUGCAGUUUCCAGUAGCCGUCGUCGACUUUGAUCGGCGGGUCGUCGCAGUAGUCGAACGCCC